GCAUCGCCAGCUGGCGCAGUAGUUGUUCGGUUAAUUGGUUGGUCGAUUGCGUAAUCAGCGCGCCUCGCCGUCCACAGUCAGCCAACCCUCGUCUCUCCGCCCGCCGCGUGGCACUUCCAUACAUAUAAACCCAAUUUCCGUCAACACCCCCCAAGAAAAGAUUCUCCCCCAAAUUAAUUUCACUCUUCCCCUAUAAAUACUCCCUCCAACACACCAAACUCUACCAAUUCCAACAAAUUUUGAAAUUCAAACAAACCCUUCCGCAUUUCUCCAAUGACGUGGACGAGGGGUCCCACCAUUGGCCGGGGCUCCACCGCGACGGUCUCCAUAGUCACCACCUCCGAUGGCGAAAUAUUCGCCGUCAAAUCCACCGAUCUCGCUUCCUCCGCCUUGCUGAAAAAGGAGGAAUCAUUCCUCUCUCAGCUCUCCUCUCCUCACAUCAUCCGCUGCUUAGGCUCUGAUUACGAUACAUCCCAUUACAAUCUGUUUCUAGAAUAUUCCGGCGGCGGAUCGCUCUCCGAUCUCAUCGGAAAGCGCGGAGGCUCGCUGGACGAGAAAUCGAUUCGAUUUUACUCGAGGCAGCUGGUCGCCGGAUUGGAGUAUCUCCACCGCAGCGGAUUGGUGCACUGCGACAUUAAAGGGCAGAACAUCCUCGUCGGUGACGGGGUGAAGAUCGCCGACUUCGGAUGCGCGAAAUGGGCGGGAUCGGCCGCGGUUUUUUCCGGCACGCCGGCGUAUAUGGCGCCGGAGGUCUGCCGCGGCGAGGAGCAGGGUUUCGCGGCGGAUGUGUGGGCGGCGGGGUGCACGGUGGUGGAAAUGGCCACCGGGCGGCAUCCCUGGCCGGAGAUGAACGAUCCGGCGGCGGCGAUUUACCGGAUCGGGUUCUCCGGCGAGGCGCCGGAGCUGCCGGGGCGGUUUUCUGAAGAGGCGAGGGAUUUUGUUGGCAGGUGUCUGGUGAGGGAUCCGAGGCGGCGGUGGACGGCGGCGGAGCUUCUGCGGCAUCCGUUUUUGGAAUCGGCGGAGGAAGCGACUCCGACGAGUGUCGCGGAUCGAGGAUUUUGGGAUGAAUUUGAGGUGGAGGAGAUUUCGACGGAGAUGGAGGCGUCGGUAUCGGAUUCUCCGGCGGGUAGGAUCGAAGCGUUGAUCGGUGGUGAUGGUGGUGGUCGGAGGUGGAGGUAUUUGGGGGAGGAUGACGAGUGGUUGACGAUUAGGGCUAAUGAAAUUGAAGAUUUGAAUCAUGAUUUGAUUGAAGAAGAAGACAUUGAUUUGGUUAGAAUUGGGGAUAAUUGUGGGUUUGAUUUUUGGUGUGGAGAUUGUGAUUUUGUAACAUCUUCGUUUGGAGAGAAACAGAGUGUAAAUUAUGUUUCUUAUUCAAACUUAUCAUUUUUGAUGUUUAUGUUAAUGGAAUUACUAUUUCUUCAUGAGGAUCAUGUACUUGAAAUGGUGAACUAUAGGCAUAACUCGCCUACAAGGGAAGUCGCCUCAUCAUCCGAUGAAACUAUCGAAGAGAUGUUUUCCUCAAUCAUGAAAGAGUUGCACGAGGUACAGAGAGACAUGAAUACUAUGAAAAAGGGCUUUACGGCAUUCCAAGAUGAUGUAGUCCUCUUAAGACACCGAGUUGCACAUAAUCAUUCCACACCACCUAGUGACCGAAUGGGAAGUAGAGGGGGACGAAACAAUACGAAGUGGAGUGAAGCUGCAUGUGAAGCCGCAUACUUCAAUCACCGAAGCAAACAUGAUUAUAACCAUGUAGAGGAUUGGCUAGACGAUGCAUGGCAGCAUCUCACUAGAAGGGAACGAGUUCGAAAGUUCCAUGGAGAGCCUCACUCUAGGAGGGUGAGAGAUGAUGAUGAAGAGCCACUUGAGGAUGAAAAGGAGUCAGUCCACAACCACACAUGA